CCAGACGAGCUCAGUGCCUCUGGCAGACGGCAGGCAGCCUGCGUGGGAUCUGGCUGCAAUCUCUCCCCAUCUCUCCACCGAGAUCCACCUGACGGUCAUGACCCACACAAGGGCUUCUCGCUUCCUACUGCUGCUGUGUAUCAUUUCAGCUUUCAGUACUGCCGUGAGGAUCACUGAUGAUGGACAGAAGAUCAUCUACCUGCCCAAGGGGGAGUCCGUCAAACUGGGGUGCCCCUUUUCAACAGACCCAGAAGACAACACCCCCGACAGCGCUUGGGAUAUCCAGUGGAGGCAGGUGAAGCCCGGACAGUACCCUCAGGCCAACCCG